GUCCCCUGAGGCCCCGGGCCAGAACCUGCUGUACCUGUUCAGUGAUCCAUAUAUAACCAGUAACCAUCAGUAAUCAUCAAUAAUCAACAAUAACCAUCAGUUAUCAUCAAUAAUUAAACAUCACAGCUUGAAAUAAGAUAGUUUUAAUUAAUUCAAGAAACACUGAAAUGAUAAAAAGGACAUCUGUUGUUCAAGCUCAGGUGAUGUUUGAUCAGUUAUAGAUCAGGUGAUGGUGUAUUGAUCGAUCAGAGGGAAGAGAGACUAGAUCAUUAGGUGAACUGUUCCUUUAAUAUUCCUCUGCAGGUGUAGAGCACGUGCGCUAAUGACGCUUCACCUGAAAACCUGCUGAUGACAGAAAUCUGACGUCACCGAUGAGCAGCCAGCUGUGCUGUGACGUCACUGAUGUGGCUCUGAGGUGUGUCCGUCUCUUUAAGGGGACUGACGGGGCGGGUCACAUGUCUCCUCCUCCUCCUCCUCCUCCUCCUCACCGGAGUGUGUGUGUGUGUGUGUGUGUGUGUGUGCGUGCGUGCGUGCGUGCGUGUGUGUGCAGCCAGCUGCUCCGUGUCCUCUCGGUGUCUCGGUGUGUAUAUAAGGUCCGGGCGGGAUGUCAGCCCGCUGAGCUCUGGAGGAAGAUGCUGCAUCUCGGUGUGACGCUGCUGCUGCUGACGGCCGCCGCCGCCGGCCCGUCCGGGUCGGCCGCUCCGCCGCUGCGGGGUCCCGGGCUCGGCUUCUCUCCGGCGGUCUCCGCCUCCUCCGCCUCCGCCCCGCCGCUCCUCCUCCUCCCGCAGCCCCGGGAGGAGUAUGGGGCUCCCGGUGUCGCCUUGGCCCGGUCCGCGGCAGAGGAGGCGGCCGGCCCCGGAGAGGAGGAGGACGGCGGAGAGCAUCAGCACCACGGCGGCGGGUUCCGGGUGGUCCAGUGGGAGUGGAGCUACGUCCAGACUCCAUACAUCAUCGCCAUCUGGCUACUGGUGGCCAGUGUGGCCAAGAUCUUGUUUCACUUCUCUCAGCGCUUCACCACGGUGGUCCCGGAGAGUUGCAUGCUCAUUCUGUUGGGCCUGGUCCUGGGAGGGGUCGUCCUCAUAGCCAAUAAGAAGCAGCUGUACCAACUGGAGCCCGCCCUCUUCUUCCUCUUCCUGCUGCCCACCAUUGUGGGCGAUGCUGGUUACUUCAUGCCGGCCCGCCUCUUCUUUGACAACCUGGGAGCCAUCCUGACGUACGCUGUGGUGGGGACGCUGUGGAAUGCCUUCUGCACCGGCUUCUGUCUGUACGCUGCCAAACUGCUGGGAGUCAUAGACGAGCGUGUGCAGGCAGAGCUGAUGGACUUCCUGUUGUUCGGAGCGUUGAUCUCAGCCGUCGACCCGGUGGCGGUGCUGGCCGUGUUCGAGGAGGUUCACGUCAACGACACACUUUUUAUCAUCGUGUUCGGAGAAUCCCUGGUCAACGAUGCUGUCACUGUGGUUUUAUAUAAAGUCUACAUCUCCUUUGUGGAGGUCGGAGCAGAGAACGUGCAGACAGCAGAUUACUUCAAAGGAGUCGCCUCCUUCCUCAUCGUCAGUAUCGGGGGGACUCUGGUGGGUCUGGUGUUUGCCGUCAUCCUUGGCUUCAUCACUCGUUUCACCAAGAAGGUUCGGAUCAUCGAGCCGCUGUUUGUCUUCCUGCUGGUCUACCUGGCCUACCUGACCGCCGAGCUCUUCUCCCUGUCUGCCAUUCUGUCGAUGACCUUCUGUGGGAUCGGGGCCAAUAAAUACGUGGAGGCCAACAUUUCCCAGAAGUCGCGGACCACGGUAAAGUACACAAUGAAGACUCUAGCCAGCAUUGCUGAGACCAUCAUCUUCAUCUUCCUCGGGAUCUCAGCAGUUGACAAGUCCAAGUGGGCCUGGGACACUGGCCUGGUGUCCUGUACACUCGUCUUCAUCCUCGUCUUCAGAGCUAUGGGUGUGAUUGGUCAGACGUGGGUUCUGAACCGUUUCCGCCUCGUCCCAUUGGACAAGAUCGACCAGGUAGUGAUGUCGUACGGCGGCCUGCGAGGGGCGGUGGCGUUCGCUCUGGUGGUGCUGCUGGACGGGGAGCAGGUCAAAGCCAAGGAUUACUUUGUCGCCACGACGAUUGUGGUGGUGUUCUUUACUGUCAUGUUCCAGGGUCUGACCAUCAAACCUCUCGUCAAGUGGCUCAAAGUUCCUCGUUCCACCAACAGGAAGCCGACAAUCAACGAGGAGAUCCACGAGAGGGCCUUUGACCACAUCCUGACAGCAGUGGAGGACAUUGCAGGACUUCAGGGAUACCACCACUGGAGAGACAAGUGGGAGCAGUUUGAUAAGAACUACCUUAGUAAGUUGCUGCUCAGGAAGUCUGUGUACAGGAAGAGUGAACUGUGGGAGGCCUAUCAGAAGAUCAACAUCAGGGACGCCAUCAGUGUCAUCGACCAGGGUGGGAAUGUCCUGACCUCAGCCAGACUGUCUCUGCCAUCAAUGGCCAGCAGAGCCUCGUUCCCUGAGGUCACCAACGUCACCAACUACCUGCGUGAGAAUGGCAGCGGUGUGUGUCUGGACCUCCAGGCCAUCGAUAACGUCCCCGGAGCCAAAGUGGAGGAGGACACAGAGACACACCACGUCCUCGCAGAGAACCUGUACAAACCCAGGAGACGGUAUCAGUCCCACUACAGCCGUCACUUCAUGCCUCUGGGGGAGAAGGAGCGUCAGGACCGGGAGGUGUUUCAGAGGAACAUGAAGAGCCGCAUGGAGACGUUUAAAUCCAGCCGACACAAACGACACAAGAAGGAACGAAGCCUCAAAAAGCGCCGAGGAUCCGAUGCCAAGGAGGACGGCAGUGACAAACCCAGACGCAACGUCAGCUGGCAGGACAAAAACCCUGUGGUUGUUCCUGUGGAGUCAGAGGAGGAGAAAGCUGAACAUUCAGACCCUGAGAAAGAGGAUGAUGUUGGGAUCACCUUUGUAGCUCGCAAAGCAGAGACACCCAAACAAAGACCCCAGUCAGUCCCAGCAGCUUUGGACGGGCGUCAGAGUCCAUCAGCUGGCCCCGCCUCACCCCCCACCGAAGACAGCCACCUGCCAUGGAAGGGCAGCGUGGGCUCUCCUCCUCCCUGUGUGUCUGUGGAGGCCACUAAGAUCAUCCCUGUGGACCUCCAGCAGGCCUGGAACCAGAGCAUCUCCUCCUUGGAGAGCAUCUCCUCACCUCCGGUCCCUGCCGAGCCUGUCCACCCUCGGGUCAGCGCCCUCUCCAGACUGGGAGGACCCCGCCCAGCCUCCUACACACCGCCAGGCAGUGUGGUAGGCAGCACCUCCUCCAUCGGAGCUCAGGUGGCGCAGGGAACCUUCAGCUUCUCAGAGCCAAAGAAGGAGGAGGAAGAGGAGGAGGAUGAAGAAGAGCAGGAGAUGCGGCCACUCAUGACGUCACAGAGGCCCCCUGGCUUCCUGCCACCGCCCCCACCACCACCUGGCUCCGCCCCCGGGCCAGGGAGGAGGAGUAACCCCUGCGUCUACCUGAGGAGCCUGGUGACGGCACCUCCACCUGGUAGCAGCGAGCCGCACAGCCGAGGCCCCACCCAGUUGUAACCACAGAUCCAGGAUCAGUCACACAUCCGUCCCUGCAGAACAGAGCAGGAGCUUCAGGAAGCCAUCAUUGCAGCACACACACAUACGCAUGCAUGCACGCACACACACACACACACACACACACACACACACACACACACACACACUUACACUCUGAUGUCACUCUGCUUCCUGUCAUAUGACUGUGUGUUUGUCCCAAUCGUCUUUGUGCUUUUUAUAGUUGUUCUACUUAAAUCACUGUUUGAUGUUGAAGGCAGAUGUGACUGUUUAACAGACUCACUCACUGCUGGUCAGAGUCUGAUCGUCUGAUCAUCUGAUCAUCUCAUCGUCUGAUCAUUUGAUCACUUUUACUUUAAAAAUCUUCCUUGUGAUUUUGCUUCGUGCUGAUCAGCUCUCACAGAUCCGUAAAUAUCCUCUAUGCUCUGUGCUGAUAUAACAGAAUCAGCUUAACGCUGCUGCUCCUCUUUAGGUCUUUAUAGUCUGUGGUAUUCACUGUGUAGUACUGAUCAGAUAUAAUCAAUGAAAAAUCAGUGAAAAACCAUAUCAUGCUGCAGGAGGUGGAUACUGACUAACGCUUUGUCAGCUGAUCAGAUGAUGGACGGAAUGGUCCUUUACUGCAGUCUGAUACUGAGUGAAGCUGCAGAGCUUCAGCCGAUAGAAGCUUUUUAAAGCCUUAUUUCUGUGUUUGUAUUCACUCACAUCUGACUGUAUAUUUAUUCUGUCCAGCUGCUCAUGUCAAAUCUCAAAUGUAUUUUGUAAAGCUGCGAAUAUAUCAGAUCUACAGAGUAGUUUAUUUUGAAAGACCAAAGUGUAUAAAGAAAGAGCAUAAUGAACAUUUAUACAGUGUGUGUCAAUAACUGCCUUACUCUGUUGUGUAGCUGUGUGUUGAUCCAGCGUGUGUGUGUGUGUGUGUGUGUGUGUGUGUGUGUGUGUGUGUGUGUGUGUGUGGAGCUCAAUCAUCAGACCGUCCACAGGUUUAUAUUCCACCAGCAGGCUGUACAGAUGUGUUUCUGAUGGCAUCUUUACUCUGUUGUGUUGCUUGAUUUGCCAAAGAAUGUGUCGUCCUUCAUGCCGAGCUGCUGUCACACACUCAGCUGCUUCAGUCCCAUUCUGCACCAGCUUCACUCAGCCUAAGUCCAGCCUCACUCAGCCUAAGUCCAGCUUCACUCAGCCUGAGUCCAGCCUCACUCAGCCUAAGUCCAGCCUCACUCAGCCUAAGUCCAGCCUCACUCAGCCUGAGUCCAGCUUCACUCAGCCUAAGUCCAGCCUCACUCAGCCUGAGUCCAGCUUCACUCAGCCUAAGUCCAGCCUCACUCAGCCUGAGUCCAGCUUCACUCAGCCUAAGUCCAGCCUCACUCAGCCUGAGUCCAGCCUCACUCAGCCUAAGUCCAGCCUCACUCAGCCUGAGUCCAGCUUCACUCAGCCUAAGUCCAGCCUCACUCAGCCUGAGUCCAGCCUCACUCAGCCUGAGUCCAGCCUCACUCAGCCUGAGUCCAGCCUCACUCAGCCUAAGUCCAGCCUCACUCAGCCUGAGUCCAGCCUCACUCAGCCUGAGUCCAGCCUCACUCAGCCUAAGUCCAGCCUCACUCAGCCUAAGUCCAGCCUCACUCAGCCUGACAGCACAUCUCAUGCUGCGUUCAGGUCACCAGCAGGACAGAUUUACAUGUUUGCAGCUCAUGAUCGUUUCUACGUCAGACACCUGUUCGGUGGUUUGUCACCAAACUGACUCAAACUGGCAUCGAUAAAGAGAGAGAACAACAGGAACACGGCUACAAGAACUUUAAAAGUGAUGUUACCAAAGACAAUAUCCUUACUGGUAUUUAAUCAGUAUUAUUGGUAUUUAUAUAAGAGGUGGGCUGUUAAUGUGCUGCUUGCUGAAACUAAAGGUGAAAUUCAAACCUCAGAAAGAAAAGUGACGUUUCCCACCAAGAAUGAAACUCUUAUUACUGGCUGAUAGAAAGCAGAGUGACCUGAAGGCUUAAUAAAUGACGUGUUUGGCUGCUCAUGGUGUGUAUCGUCUUUCCUGUUGCUUCACUGUACAGCAGUGACUGUUAGACACGCACAUGUUGCUGCUUGUAGAAAAGCCUUUAUACUGUAAAAAUACUUGAACUGGAGCUGACCCUGGACCAGUCCAGUGAACGGUCCGGUCCGAGCACAGAAACCUACACGUGUCCUGUUGAUCAUCACUGCAGCUGUCUGCCACUGUUUAAUCUGUCUUAAUUUGAACACAGACACGAGAAUGUGCUCUUUCUGUUUCAUCUGUGAUCAGGUUGUUGUGUGGAAAAUCAAAUGAAACCAAUCUGUCUUUGUGCCAAACGUUUGUGAGCUUUGGCUUCUGUCCAAACAACUUAAUAAAUGUGAGGUGUGUUUAUUACUCUGUGCUUCUUUACCUGCUUCAAUAUAAACUAUGAGUGCACAGGUGUGACUGUUUCAGAGGGAAGGUUGUUUUACUGUCGCCUGUCUGCACUGCUGUCAGUCAGCUGAUCAGUUAAAGCAAAUGUCAAAAGUGAAAUGUGCUCAUUAAAUGAACUGUUGAGUCUAAACACAACAUUAUAACAUGUCGGCAUUAAGGACUUCAUUUUUUUAAUGAAAUGAAUAAGAUGUCCCACAUUGACCCGACUCAUCAGCAGGUGAACUGUCAGGACAGGUGCAGCUGUGACCUCCACAUCUGGCUGUCCCACAUCUCCUCUGCAGACAGGUUUAACAGUAAAGUACUGAACUCCUCCGCAGACAGGUUUCACUUUCCCUCAUCUAAGAUGGCGGCCGGAAGUGACAUCUCUCUGGCUGUCCCGUUGAAGCAUGGAGGCGAAGAACGAAUAUGUUUGGUAUGAACAUAUGAAAUGAUGGAGGGUGGUAUUAACACAGAUGAACGGAGAAGUAAACCCACAGAUGGAACCGUUAUGUCGCAGUGAAGAGACGCGGACCUUGAACCGUUAAUGUGCUACGCCUGCUAGCUAAGCUAACAUCAUUUCACCAUCGGUACCGCGGACAGCAGGAGACGUUGGACUGUGAGGUGACUGUCUGCCAGCUGCAGGCCUUGAACUGAAGAAACAAAGACUCUCUCAGCGAUGAUGGUCGGCUUGAUGCCAAUUAAUCAGAAACAGAAACAAUGUCCAACCUGGAGGACCGGCUGCAUGUAAAGCAGGAUUCUCGCCAAGCUCUGAAGUUGCUGGUCCAAGCCUGACCCACCCAGACAUCGCUCCAGUUAUCCUCAGAUAUCUCCAGGCCAGACUCCCCUCCCAGUUCUGCUGAACCUGGAGAGUAGAAGGUUCCUGGAACUUUGUAGGAGUUUAUACAUUUUUGAUAUGAAAUGUUUAGUGUCUUUAUCCUUCUGUGCAUCAGUAAAUAUGCUGAUCAGACUGGAA